AUGAUUUCAUCAUUCGGAUGUAUGCAGAACGCUCGUUCUGUAGCCGCGGAUCCGAUAUUCUAUCGUGGGGAGAACUGGCAUCUCAUGCUGGGGUAUUGUUUCGUAUCCCACAUCCAUCAAGCGAAUCAUGUGGAGGAGGAGGUGAUGACAGCCGAAUCAGAUCAACCGGGCAUCUAUCAAGUAGCUAAGUAUCUACUAGAAGCCCGCACCAUCAGCCCACGUCCACGUCUCUCGCUCAUCACAUGUGAGAUAGAUACCCACGCGCGCAAAUAUACAGCCCUGGUAGGCUUCAACACAGAUGCUGGGACUGACCGAAUCGGGCGAAACGAGAACGAGGAGAACGCGGGGAAAUCACCGGACGAGGAUCGCUAG